ACGAGGGAGGACGUGGGAAAUAUGAGUGGGCAUGUAAGGACAAGAUCUAAAUCUGCAGGAAGAAGAGAUGAUCGAGAGUCUUCCCAGGCAGUUGGACCUGUGGUUGCUCAGCAGCCCAGUGAUGAACAACCUCAACUAGAGGAACCACCAACUGAGGGUCAGGAUAUUACACCUGCUCAGGACAUUGAUGAUGAAGGAGCACCUACAGUUCAAGGGCCUGAUGUGGAAGCUGCUCAACAGGAACUGACUCUGCUGAAGACUGUGGAUGAGCCUGGAGAUGGUCCUGAUGUCGCAGAAGAGAUUCUACCAAGUCUAGAGCCCCUUAAAAUGCCAGAAGCAGGUGAAGGACAACCACAAAUUUAA